GUGGUGUGGCCAUGUGUUGGGGCGGGCUCCUGGACACCCGGAGCUCUCUCUUAUUUGUCACAAAAACUUCACACUGCUGUCCUUUAGAUCUGCCAAUAUGAUUAAUUCUGAAGAGGAAGUGUCUAUGUUAGGUGCAAGCAUGCAGGGCCAAAGCUCUUGUAGCAGCAGUGCUGAGAGAACCUCCCUCAAGAUGGAAGAUGAGGACAGUAGAGACACUUCACAGGUGUUCGGUUCAAAGAGGAUGUUGAGUAUAGAUGAUCCAGACUAUAUGCGUCCACCAGAUGUCAAGCGAAUGAGAGAAAUGCACAAAAGAGCCGAGGAUGAACUAAGUGAACGUGUGGUGAAGGUGGUUGACAAAGAAUUUCAUUAUGCCAUGACUGAGAAGCAAGCAGAGAUGGAAGAGAUUGAUAAUCGAAUUUUACGGUUGCAGCAAUGUCUACACACCCUCCGCUACUGUGUCUCCUUGAACUAUUAUGCUGUUAAUAAGACUAAAGAUGUUGAUAGCAAGCAGAAACAGAUGCUCCAUCCAGCAGUCCGGAAACACUUGGGGAAAGCACCAGUUAAGUCUGCUGGCAGUAGUUCCCCCUUCCCAAAUUCACCUGUAUACCAGAGCUUUGGCAGAAAUAAACUACCUCAUGGAGAAUAUAAAGAAAGUGUUGAGAAAGGAUCAGUAAAGGAAGAACAUGCAGAUAUGGUGGAAAGUGUUGAAAGAUUUUCAAGUGAAACUGAUAGAAUUAGCAGUGAUCAUAGAGAAAUUCAGGAGGCUACAGAUGGCAAAUGUAAAGACUUGUCAGACACCAUUGAUGAAGAUACUAAUAAAAAUUUUAGGUCUCCACGACCUCCAAGCCCAAAAUACCUUCCCCCUAAGCCACCAGACAACCCCCACACCAUAUUCCAGGGACGACACCAACGGUUCCAGAGCAAAAGAAGAGUGGUAGUGGGCAAUACUUACCAGUACUUAACUUCACAUGGUGAUGAAGAUGUCGGCGAUGCUCUGAGAUACAAGUGGCAAGUCUAUGUGAGGGCACCAAUGGAGGGUGAAGAUGUUUCUACCUUUAUCUCUGCAGUCACUUUUAUAUUGGAUCAGAGCUAUGCUCCACACCAUAUUAUCACACUCAAACAUCCUCCAUUUGUGUUGACUCGACGAGGCUGGGGGGAGUUCAAGAUUCAGAUAGUGUUGAGGUUUACAGACACUCGUAACAAGCAGGUGAAGCUCCUCCACCCACUGGUGCUGAGUCGACAGGAUGACCCACUUGCUCUGACAGGAUUAUGGAGGUUAGGUCAGGAGAAAUGGUAUGACCUCUGGGUAUAUGAACCAGGCUCAGAGAGGACAACCAAUAUCAGUGGAUCACAACAGACAACACAACUGAUUAUGAAAGAAGAGAAUUGUCCAGCUACUCUCGUCAAGGAACUGGAAACUGGUGUGGUGUCAUCUCAAAUUGAAGAAAAUAUCACAAUUGUUCACAGUGUUGAACAGAAAAGUACUGUUGAUUGUGUUAAACAGACAACUCCUGUUAAACAGGAAAGUGUAAAGAAAGUUAUAAUAAGUUCUGACAAAAACACUAUCAUUAAAAAUGUGAGAAAAAAGAUGGUUGAAUCAGUGGCUUCAUGUAAACAACUUUCCCUUAUUGGUACUCAGUGUGAAAAUGAAGUUAGUGGUGAUGUAAUUAUAAACAAAGUAUAUGAUGAAAAGCGUGAAAAAAUUAGUACAGUAGAGUCUAAAAUUAAACUUGAGGGAACAGAAGAAAAUAAGGCACAAGGACUUAAACCACCAAAAGACCAUCUGGGUGACAAAAUGACCAAUGUCAAUGGUGCUCAAGGCAAAGUUUGUAAAAUACACGUGCGACAGCCAGAUGGACGUCUGGUGCCAUACUACAUCCCAGCUCAUAUGUACUCUUUAGCUCUCAAGAUUGCUCAGGGUGGUGCAAAUAAGCAGGAAAAUGAAGUGGAUGCUCUUGAUAGCAAGCUAGUUAAUCAGCAUGGAAUAGUUAGCAAGCAUAAUGUUAGUCAAAAGAUAAUUAAGCUGCAUGUCCCAGAAAAACAGCAGAAAGGAGACACUGAAGGUUUUACCAUAAAACAAGAGCCAAGUGAAAUAUUGACUCAUCAAAGGGAAGGAUCAAAGGUAGUAACAUUAGAAGUAAAGGCUGAGGUUGAGCAGGACAAUACCAAAGUUUCUGGUACACCAAUAAAAAUUCUAAAUUUUUCUCCGAAUAAAAAUGCAGUGAAAGAUAAUGGGGGAUCAAUGAAUAUGGCUCCAUCAACCAGCGGUAUUCAGGGUGUGUCGAGACCAUCCCAUGUUACUCAGGGAAAUCAGACCAUAGCACGAUUAUCGACCAGCAGACUUUCUCAAAGACCUUUACAACAGCUUCUGGUGAAGGCUGCCAUUCAAGAUAAGAAACACACUUUAGUUAAACAACUUUUGAAUAAAAAGGGGUUGAAGGGUGGUGCUGGUGACACACUGCACAUGUUGCAGGGUCAAGUAACAUAUACUCAAACACCUGUAGGUUUAAAGUCAAACAUACAGGUAAUGCCACUGAAAAUAGUUCAGGAAGUAAAAAAUAGUAGCUCCACAUCAACCAGAUUUAUUCAGAGACCAUUAUCAACUGCAAACAUUAAAUUCAUAACCAAUAAUGGGCAAUUGAUAUCAGCAGGUAAACUCGCCAAAGGGAAAACUUGUUCAGAUUCCAGUCAAGUAACUUCUAGUAUGAACAUGGCCACUAGUUCAGCCCCAACAGUAAGCAGUUGCAUCCUUACAACAUCAAAUAAUACUUCAGCAUUGACCACAGUGCAGGGAAGCCAACAAGUUGCCGGGUCAAGUGGUCUACAGCUAGUAACAAGUAAAGGAAAGAUGACUCCAACACAGCAUCCUCCAAUGAUAGUUUGCAGUAACGCAGGAGACACGGGGACAGUACUGCAAAUACCACCCUUUGUGGUCAGAGGUAUGGGAAAUGAUGGUGCAUUAAAACCUACAUCAAACUCAGUGAAGUGCACACCCAGUAAUGCAAAAAAUAUGACUGCAGGAGUGUCACUUCUACGAGGUAUCACCAUGGCAACAUCUCCAACAGUAUGUAGCUUGCUCAAACCCCUCACCAAUACCACAAAUUCUGGGGUCACUUCUACCACUUCUGUUCUCAAUAAUGUGCAAACGAAGGUUACAAGUAACUCGCCUGUUAUUAAGAGCCUUUCUUUUAAUGCAUCUUCUGACAAGACAAACAUAGCAUUUGUAAAAAUGGAGACAGUGUCAGAAGACAGAAACAAGGAGGAGGAUGGAAGUACUUCUCAGGAAUGGGAGGAGCGGGUCAGACAGCUGGAAGCAGUGUGCAAAAGAUGUACUUCUACUGACAAGUGUGUGUAUGUUUGGGUGAGAGCAUUGCCACUGGAUCAACACCAAUAUAAAUAUUCCCAAGUGUUACCCUUUUGUGCCAAAUCUCGCGAAGAAUUUCUGUGCUGGCCAUUGGGGAAGCAGCGUGCUGCAGAAUUCCAGAGAGCACGAGAGGUUAAACAUCACCUUGAUCAGUACCAAGUUAGUAGCAGAGAAUCGUGGAGUGUGGGCAGGAUAGUAGCUUGGGCUAGGCGUCAUGCCCACACACCUACACCACCCAGAGCUCCACUACGCACAGAUCAAUUUUCUUUAUCUGUGAGCACAAAACCUGAGAAAACCUUAUCAUACUUGGGCAAUCUAGAAAAAUUGGUGCAAGAUGUUGAUAACUGUAUGCCAGUGAAUGGCCAGGUUGGACUGCAAGAAGUUGAUGUUGUCACUAUUGAUGAUGAUGUGAAGACUUCAUGUGGACACAAGUUAUCAGUUUCUCCUCAGAAAUGUCCACUGGAAUUUGUGCCUUGGGAAGACUCAGAAAUGGUUAGUGGGUGUGAAUGGGUUGGGCAGCAUACCUCACAGCUCAGGCUCAAUCUCUCAACUGAAGAAGUUCUCACAGGCUACACUGCUGAUGUUGCUCGGGCUACUUCAUGGAGGGCGAUGCUAUGCCUAAUGGAAGACCUGUUACGAUCAUCCCAUUGUGAAGCUUGGGGAGAUACUCUCCAUCCCACCACAGAUUCUACUUUAGUCCCUCCUCAGGAGAUUACUCUACAUCAUGUCCUCAGUGCUCUCACUAAUGCUCGGCCAGAAUUUGAUAUUUUUACUGAUUAUGGAUUGGGAACGCCAAUAGAAACUACAUGUAUUAAUAAUGCACAAUGAAAAGGUACUCUUUGUUCAUUGAAUGUGGGAAAGAUAUUCCAUACUUAUGGAUGAUACAGUUUUUUUGUUGAUCUGCUUCUGUACUUCAUGAAACCUGUGAAUUAUUAGGUUUGGUACAGCUAUUACAUAUCACUGAAGAUAAACUGAUUGAUUACCUGAAUAAUUUAAGUGAUUAAUGAACUUGCCUAAGGACAGCAAUAAUUAUGGUACAUAAUUUUUUUAUUUAGUAAGUGGCCUGUCUUGUUCACUUUUGCCAUGCAGAAGAAUUUAAUAAGUGGUUGUUGGGCUGACCAUAAUUCUGUUGCCCAUGUAGAGUCAUACGGAUGAUGGUAGGCUGACAGAAGAAUCAGUGCCCUACUUUAUGGACAAGAGGCAAAGUUUAUUCCAUUUGAGUCAACUUUCCAUGCAAUAGGAAUGGUGUGUUUGAUAUCAAUGAAUAGAUGUGUUUAUAAGGCUCCUCAUAUAAUCAACUCUAAGUUGCUUUCAUGACAUAGUUCUCCAUUCUGCUGCCUCAUCGUCAAUUUUAAUGUGUUCUUAGCCACAUAUCUUCCUGUGUUAAUAUAAGCCACCAUACAUAUGUGUUUGAUGACAUGAAUUUCACUUAACCAUGACAUACUUGAUGGUAAUGUAUCAGUUAUUCCUUGCCAUGACCAAAAAAAUUUAAUAAAAUUUAACCCUGGCCAUGAUGAUGUAUGUCAAAAGACAAAUUAUUCUUGGUUAUAACAUAUUUUUUAUUAACUUAGAUUAACCUUGGUCAUAAUGCAUGUUUUCUGAGGUGGAUUCAUGCUAGUCAUAUUGUGUUUGCCACGCACCACAUUACAUAUAAGUUUAUGUUAUUUAUUACUUGUAAUCCUGGCUCUGGUACAUAUGUGUUGGGUGAUAUGAUUGAAGCUAGACAAUAACAUGCAUCUUUAGUUACAUAGAUGAGGUUGGCCAGCAAAUGGAACAUGUAGGUAUAUGGUAAUAUAUCAUGCCUAAUCAUGGCAUAUGUAUGAUGAUAUGCCAGACCUCGUGAUGGUUCAUGUAUGGUGGCAGGUCAGGCCUAGACACAGUGUGUAUAUGGUUAUUUGUAUGGUAUAUUUAUAGAAUAUGACUUUUAAUGUCUUGAUAGAAUUUUGGUCACAAUUCAUGCAUGAGGUUUUUAAUUCAUAAUUGUUGUUUUUUAUGUAAAAACCUCACCACUGCUUAUUCUGGCAAAUGUUAAUAUGUUUUGACUUCCCAAAAUAAUUGUAAACAAACUUUUAAAGACCUGAUGCAAAGUAGCUAAUCUGUAGCUUCAUUAAUUAUAUUUUGUAAUUAAAUACUCUGGCUAACAUCAGCAUAUAAUAAGAGUAUUCAGUGGCAGUUUAAAAAGUUGGUAAGUGAUAGUAUUAUCUGAUAUGAGUUAAGCUGGAACUUAAUUUGUAGACUACAGUACUUGUGGUGAGAUACAGCUUGCCUUAAUUUUAUGUCAGUUUUACAGGUUCACUCUCGAUUGUUUCUUAUUGUAACUUAAACGCACAUACAGUAUUAAUGUAAUUGUGAAAAGGAAAUUUUAUAGCCAGGGCAGCUAAGAACUUGUUGUAUGAGAUGCUCUUGAUUGUUGGUAUGAAUAUAAAUCAUUAAAUUCCAGAACUAUCUGUGAUAUUGUAGAUAUGAUUUUAAAAAGUUGUUUUGGAAAUCUUUAUAAUAAAUAAAUAAAAUCUCAGGGUGUAAUUAAAGUUUCAUUACUGCCCAUGUUGAAUGUAAUUAUUUGAAAAACUAACAUGGGUCCAGAUAGUGAAAAUUCUUUGACAUUCACUUGUUUCCCAUUGGCCUUUGAGAAGUGAUUUGUUAAUCUGGACUAGUGUUUGUUACCACCUUAAUGACAUAUAAGCUCAAUAUGUUUUGUAUACAGAGGGUUUGGUUGCCUCUAUUUUUCCCCAUUGAUAUUGCUGAUGUUCAUUCUCUAUACACUGCUGAGUGCUGUGCUGCAUUUAGCUCAUUGAUGAAUGAUGAAACACUACCAUACUUGUCAGUUUGCCUGAGUUCUACCAUCCUUUCCAUUGAUGCUGCUGAGACAUUGUACAAGAUCUUAAGCACCUUAGAUAGGCUGUGCAAGUUAUCAGUGCCCAGCAACCCAGGCAUGCCCAAAAUAGGGGCCAUGUAACCUAAUAGUUUGAGAGGAAAAUACAGUACCUAGAUGAGAAUUUGUCAGGUGCUGAGUGAACCCACCUCACUGCACAUGUUUACCCAGGGAGGUCUAUCAACAGGCUGCUUGUCAGCAGUGUACCAGGAUUAAUGAUUCAUGUCAGGUGCAGGCAAUUUAUCUCGACAUUAAGCUGUAACCAGUUGGUGUCAAGUUCUCAACAUUCCAAAGGAACCACCAAGUCGAGAGGUUGUAGACAUGAGGUGACAGGAGUUAUGACUUCACAUGACGAGUGUUACUGUCACUGACACCAGAUUAUGGAGGGGAGGUAAUAAGAGUAGAUGAUCACACCCUGCAGGUGUGAGGGGAAGUGACAGAGUUUUCACAUCACAUUAAGCCAUUUAUUGUGAGUUGAUACACAUUAAAUUUAAUGUUUCAA